AUGUCCACUGAACCCAGCAUACCGGAGGUAUCGCAAACCGAGCGUCAUGGCUACCUCUUCGGCCACCCAAUCGCACACUCGAUGUCGCCUUUAUUACACAAGACUGUAUACGACAACCUAGGGUUAAACUGGGCACAAUAUCCUUUGGAGUCUAGAGACAUGAGCUUGUUCCUACAACUGAUCAAACAUCCUCAUUUCUACGGAGCUUCGGUGACAAUGCCUCACAAAGUCGCGAUACUCAAACACCUUGAUGGUCUUACAGAAGAGGGACAGGAUGUAGGCGCAGUAAAUACCCUCUUCAUCCAAGAAGACGCUUCUGGAAAUCGGUUAUACAUGGGUACCAACACCGACGUGAUAGGCAUAAGGGAUGCGUUCGCAUACAACGUAGAACCAACCAAGUUUGAGAACAGGCCAGCGUUGGUGAUCGGCGGAGGCGGUGCAGCAAGAAGCGCAGUCUACGCGUUGAGAAAAUGGAUGAAGGCCAGCGCGAUAUAUCUCGUCAACCGGGACCCAUCAGAAGUCGAAGCUGUAAUAAGCGAAUGCAAAUCCCGCGGCUACGGCGACUCUCUCGUCCAUGUUUCCACCGUCGCACAAGCACAGAGUAUAGAGGGUGUUGGUGCAAUCGUAGCCUGCGUACCAAACUUCACACCCGUCACACCAGCUGAGAUUGAGGCGCGGCAAGUUCUUGAAUGCUUUUUGGCAAAACCACACAAAGGAGCGCUACUAGAGAUGUGUUACCAUCCGACCACUUGGACGGAGAUCGCGGAAGUAGGAAAGCAGAAUGACUGGCAGAUUGUGCUGGGAACGGAGGCAUUAAUAUACCAGGGACUGGAACAAGAUCGAUAUUGGACCGGAAAGGCAGUAGCUGAGUUGCCAGUUGAGAAGGUGCAAGAAGCUAUCGCCAGGAAGCUGAGCGAGGCAAGAUUGUAG